AUUUGUAGCCACUCCAACUUCAAUCUUCCAUAACUUCGUCAGGCAUCUAAAAUGACGAACCGAAUCCCGGAACCCGCGUACCCUGCCAAAGACGUCUCAAUUUUGUACGGAGAUAAAGAGCUGUAUGCAAGGAUCGGCAAGGUUGCUGAGCAAGACGGUGGGAAGGAACUAGUUGAGAGCUUUGAGAUUCCGAUUAGGAGUGGAAAGGCUUGGGUUGUUAAAAAAGGUCAACUAUGCAGGCUCUCCACUCCCCACGGCCCUCAAGUCGGAGACUUAAACAUCUUCUCUCUCCACAAUCCACGGGAACGUUUCUGGGCUGCACGAACGAGGCAAUUGCACGCCUCACAUGUCUCGGUCGGUGAUAGACUAUGGUCGAAUUUACCAUAUCUCAGACCUUUAGUAACGAUCGUGGAGGAUAGUUUGAGAGAUUAUGGGGUUGAUGAGGUAGGGGGACGAUGUCAUGAUUUGCUCGGGACUAGAUGUGAUCCUUAUGUCAACAAGCUGCUCAGUGGAGAUGACUUUGAUUAUCAAUGUCAUUCCAACCUCGUACGGGCUGUGUUACCUUAUGGUCUCACUGAAGCGGAUAUUCAUGACGUUCUGAAUGUGUUUCAAGUCACUGGAUUAAACCAGGAUGGGAAAUAUUUCAUGGCGGCCUCUCCUUCGAAGCCGGGUGAUUACUUCACUUUAUUUGCUGAAACCGACUUAUUGUGCGCUAUGUCCACUUGUCCUGGUGGUGAUCUCUCUGUGCAUGGCUGGGGCGAGAAUUCAGCCCAGAGAAUGCUGGAUACGUGCAGGCCGCUGCACGUAUCCGUGUAUGAGAUUUCGAAUAAGGACGAGAUCUUGAAGGGGUGGAAGGAGAGCGAACGGCCUGGGUAUAAAGGGAUGCAUGGUUUGAAACUACCAGUAUUUGGGCAAUGAGAUGCUGUCAGCCUUUUUGGAAGAUCAUUCCCCAACCCUCAAGUUCUUUGGCAUGAACCCCACACUCUCUAAGCAUAUCCCAAACAACAGUCGUCACCGUAUCGAAGAGUGGAACUCCGUACUUUUUCUCCCAAAACUCAACCCGUUGUGCCGCAACAAGGUUAGUGCAAAACGUAGUCACAGCAUCCACUCCCCC